AUGGCCUUCACCAUGCUGCGCCCCGUGGCCGCCCGCGUGCUCUACCCCGACCUCAGCAUGCUCUCGGAGGACGAGGAGAACCGCAGCGAGAGCGACACGUCGGACCAGUCGUUCGGCUGCUGCGAGGGCGCCGAGGCUCGCCGCAAGCUGCCGCGGAAGCCGGGCCCCAUGGUGAUGGUGAAGCAGAGGCAGGCGGCGAACGCGCGGGAGCGGGACCGGACCCAGAGCGUCAACACGGCCUUCACCGCCCUGCGGACCCUCAUCCCCACCGAGCCCGUGGAUCGCAAGCUGUCCAAGAUCGAGACGCUCCGCCUGGCCUCCAGCUACAUCUCCCACCUGGCCAACGUGCUGCUGCUGGGCGAGGGCUGCGAGGACGGGCAGCCCUGUUUCAGUGCCAUCUAUGGCGCCAAGGGCGACCUGGACAGCAAACAGCCCCGCAGCAUCUGCACCUUCUGCCUCAGCAACCAGCGGAAAGGGGGCAGUCGGAGGGACCUCGGGGGCAACUGCCUGAAGGUGCGAGGGGUGACGCCCCUGCGAGUGUCGCGGAGAUGA